CUGUAACCAUGUUGACCGUGUGUGUCUCUGCUGCCUGUCACUUAUUGAGCCACACUCCGGAGCAGCAGGGGGCGCUAAUCGCUAGUAACCCUGGUAACCCUAGCGCACCAACAGUUAGCUACACACCAGAAGAAUAAGAGUGUCAACAUCCGUCUGACUGCUCUGUCGCUCCGGGACCCUUUCUUCUGAUUUCUACCGGACCCUGCUGGUCUGUUCUGGACCCUGGUGGUCUGAGAGGAUCCUAUAUGCCUGGAUUUGAGUUCCCUGUUUCGGAGAAAGAAGCAGAGAUGAGCUGCGCAGAACUGAGAAUCCUCUUCAGCCCAGGCCGCGUGCAGCUGGUUCAGGAGGAGGCGAUGGUGCCGGCAGCUCCGAGCGUCCUUGUUACCGGGGCGACGGGUCUGCUGGGUCGGGCCGUGCUUAAAGAGUUCCAGAGCAGCGGCUGGUUGGUCAGCGGGACGGGAUACCGGAGGGCCAGGCCCCGCCUCCUCCGCUGUGACCUCACAGACGAGGACGCCGUCAGGGCGCUGAUGCAGCAGCUCAAGCCUGACGUGGUGGUCCACUGUGCAGCAGAGAGACGUCCAGAUGUUAUGGAGAGACACACUGAAGCCGCUGUCAAUCUCAACGUGCACGCCACGAGCACGCUCGCCAAGGAGGCCGCUGUGUGCGGAGCGUUCCUGCUCUACAUCAGCACGGACUACGUGUUUGACGGGAGGAAUCCUCCGUACGGAGAAGACGACAGUCCCAACCCUCUCAACGUUUACGGACGCAGCAAAGUGGAGGGAGAGAGAGAGACACUUCGACACUGUCCAGGUGCUGCGGUGCUGCGGGUGCCCGUUCUGUUCGGGGAGGUGGAGUCUGUGACAGAGAGUGCGGUGACGUCUCUGUGGCUGGACGUCCAGAAUGUCUCUGAGGUCUCUCUGGAUCACCGCCUGCAGAGGUUCCCCACAGACACCAGAGACGUCGCCGUGGUCUGCAGGAAGCUGGCCCAGAGACAGAGACAGGACCCAUCCAUCAGAGGAAUCUUUCAUUUUUCGGCUAAAGAGCAGAUGACCAAAUAUGAGAUGGCCGUCGCCAUGGCAACAGCCUUCAACCUGCCAUCCAACCACCUCAUUCCUCUGACGGAGCAACUGGCGGCGGCGACUCCUCGACCAAUCAACAGCCAGUUGAACUGUUGUCGUCUGGAGCAGCUGAACCUGAGCGUGGAGCCGCGAGCGUUCACCUCCGCCAUCACAGACUGUCUGUGGCCCUUUACCCCAGACAAACGCUGGAGACAGACCGUCUUCCACUGACAUGGAGAGAGAGACAGACAGACAGACAGACAUUCCUUCCAGUGACUACAGGCAGACAGACAGACAGA